ACACAAAUGUGAUAACUUCAUGCUAUGCAACUAAGAAAUUUCCAAAUUUUUUUCUUUCUUCUGUAGCAGAAAAAAAGGGAUUUUUAUAGUGAAAUCAUACAUGCAGUGUUUUUUGGUGGUUUGUUUUUUUAUGGAAUAUUUAUGAAAAAUAAACAAGAAGUUUUAUUGUAAUGAGAUUCUUGGAUUUUUUAACAUAAAGAGAUAUUGAUAUUUGAACCAUGAGUGAAACAGAGCCAGCUCUAGAACCAGUUCCUGUUACUAAGGAUGUGCCACUUGUUAAUGGAAGUGGUGAUAUAGAUUCUCCACCCCCUGAACCUGAACUUACAAAUGGACUAAACAAACCAGAAAUGGAAGUUUCAAAUGGUGUAGAUGACUCUUGUGUAAAUGGUGACAAUGUUGCUGAUGGUGAACCAGGUCCAGUCAAUGGUGACUGUGAUGGUCCUGAUGACGCAGAUUUAAUGGGAGAGGAUGAAUUACCUCCCCCUCCAGAGAUUGUGCCAGAUUUACCACCACCACCACCACAGGAAUGUGACUCACAGGAUUUAUUAAGUGACAACGAUCAGUUUGAAUCAAGUGUUGAUCCAGUAGUUGAAUCAAGUGUUGAUCAGAUUGAAUCAAGUGUUGAUCAAGUACCUGAAGAUGUUGGUGAAGUGGAAUGUGUUGAUGAAAAUGAGGAUUUAAUGAAUGUAAGUGACUCUGAAACAAAUCAGGAGGAAAAUAUUGAACAAAAUGUUGAAGUUCCAAAACAAGAAGAAGUGUCUGAGGAAGAGUUAGUUUCUGAUGGUGGAUUAAGGGAUGAAGUACAAGUUGAAAUUCAAAAUAAUCAAGAAAAUGAAGAAGUUGAACAAGGUCAGUUGAUAGAUUUAGGUGAGCCAGAAAUUCCAGCUGCACCUGUAGAACCUUCAGCACCACUUGUUGAUUUGUCUGAGCCUGUGGAGCCUGAAUUACCACCUGAACCAGAGGUUGAACAAGAUGUUGUAGCAGAGCCUAAUGAAGAGCCUGUCAGUAAUGUUCCAGAACCAGAGCCUGUUGUAGAGGAACAAACUAUUUCUGAACCAGUUGAAGAACCAGUUAGUGUGCCAGUGGUGGAACAAGUUGUAGAAGCACCACAAGAACCUGAAAGAGAACCAAGUCCUGUUCCAGAGCCUGCUCCUGUUGUUACUAUAGAGCCAGAAGUUCCAGCAGAAGAACCCACUGUUGAGGAACCACAGCAGCCAGAAGAGGAAAGUGUUCCUCAGGUUGCAUAUUCAGAGCCAGCUAUAGUUGUUGACAACAAACCAGCGGAAGAAGAGGCUGAAGUUCCACCACCUCCACCUCCGCCAUUAGUAGAUGAAACACCACCACCUCCCCCACCACUGGAUGAAAACAUUCCAUUGAGAAGAGUCAGUGGUAGCUCAACUCCAAACAAACAAAGCCCUAGCAAAGAGAUUGAAUCACCUUUAGCUAUUUCUGCACCAAUGAAUGUUGCUGUGGUCUCACCACAACCUGAACCUGUUGCAGUUGGACAGGAAAUAGAACAACAACCAGAACCUGUCACAGUUCCAGUCAAAACUGAGCCUCUUUCACCAACCCCACAGUCACCUCAUCCGGUGGCAGUUGUGGCACCACAGGUGGUAUCAGAGGAAGUCAGUCCACAGGCAAGUUCUCCUUCAGACAGUCCAACUGGCACAUCAGAACAAGCUCCAUCAGAGGGUGAGAAACCCGAAGGUGAACCAGUGGUCAGCCCACAGGUAUCACAGAAAAUUAAUAAGAAAAAUUUCAAGAAUAAGAUUAAGUUUGGAGUGGAUUUAGUGGAAGCUUCAUUGAAGCAAUUACAUUUUCUUUAUAAUGUGAAUAGAAACCCUGGAUUAUACGAAGAAUGGCUUUUUAAAAAGGCUAUUAGAAGGUAUGAAGCUUUUUGGCUACCAUUAGCUGCGGAACAUAAAAAGGAAAGUUUAGCUGCCCCUCUAGAUAUAGAAUGGGUGUGGCAUUGUCACAUGUUAGCUCCUCUUGCUUAUGAAGCAGAUAGUAAAAGCAUUGCUGGAUUAGUUGUUGAACAUAAAUUAAUGAGUGAGAAAGAUAGAACUAAAUCUUUAGAAAAAUCUAGGAAAUAUUGGACAGCUAAAUAUCCAAAUGAACCAUUUGAAAUAGAUCUUGUUUUUAAAGAAAAGGUGGUGGAAGAAACGCCAGUAGUUGAAGAGCCCAAGCAGGCAGAAGAGAACCCCAGUCAAAAUAAUGAGCCAAAAGAGCCAGAGAACAAAGAAGCAAAUGUUGAGGUUGCUAAAGAAGGUGAAGUUAAAGAAGGAGCAGAAGACAAACCAGCUGAAGGCACAGAAGGAGAAACUGCACCAGCGGAGACAAACCCUCCCACAGAAACACCAGCUGAAACAACAUCAGCUGCUCCAGAACCAGCACCGGCACCCACCCCUGAACCAGAGGUGCAAGCUGUUCCCGAGGAGGGUUAUGAGCAGAAGUCAUCUUACAACAUUUUCGAUGCCAUCGCCCGUCAGCGAGUAUUUUUCUAUCAGGUAUCAUUACCACACUUCCACGACAAGCAUUUCUUGAAGUCUGCGCAGAAGCGGUACCAAAGAUUCUUAUUUUUGAAACAUCAGAACCCAACGGAGGUCAUCGUGCCAUGUUACGACAUCGAUGUCAUGUGGCACUCUCAUCAGCUUCAUCCAUCUGUGUAUAAACACGACACAGUUAAAGUACUAGGACAGAUUCUUAAACAUGAUGACUCUGUAAACGACCGAUCAUCUGGGUCACUUUUAAUGAAAGCCAAUCAGAAAACACGAGACUUAUGGAAGGAUCAUUUCGGAGACAGCUUUACGACUUUUGGAGCCAUGUUUAGAGGCGACCCACCAGUAUUGUGUGAACGUAUGUCGAUGAUUGCACUAGAGGAAACAUACGCUUUCAGCACGAAGAAAGCCACGGUUAACCUUGAUAAAGUUCAAGUUGAAGGACUACCAGAAGAAGUGAAUAAAUACAGUGUUAAAUUAGCAUACGGUGGUUAUGACGACCAAGAAGGGCCACUUAUUAAACAAUUUAAAGGUAAUAAAAAGAAAAUAGAAUUUGAAAACACAAAGAAAGGAUUAGCUCAUUUUGUGUUUGAUACUAAGGAAUAUGACAGAUUGAAAAUCAACAUGUCACAACAAAUAGGAUUUGCCUGUACUGGACAUAAUGAGGAGAUUGGUGCCCAGAUUUUAAGUAUGAUGCCCGUAGUUGAAAACAUACCGAUGGACAAGUCCGACCCAUCUUCGCUUACUGAAACAGUGAAAAUAGAUAUAGACGAGGAACAAAAUAUGAGCGCAACAUUCUCAGCUACCAUAGAGCAGCCAAAACAAGGUCCAACCAUGUUGUAUAUGAACCCUGGAAACUAUGAGUCCCGGUUCUGCAUCAUGCCGGAACAGAUUGUACAGAUGUGGGGACCUAUCCCGUUGCCACGGUUACCAUCUGGCAGAGACAAUCACUGCAUUGUAGCAUCACACAAAUUUGUUAAUCAUACUGGAGAAACCACAUUCACAUGUCGUGUAAUUCACAGUUUACCGUUGCUGAUGUCAGCCAUUCAGGUGUUCUAUCACAGUCGAAUGGCAGCAGUGGCACAUCUUGUUGGCUCAGAUCAGAUUCCACAACCAUCACAGUUGUCAGAUUCCAAGAAGAUAUUUUCGUUGAACCCGGCUGAUGGACAGAGGGCUGUGGUCAUAAAGAACCAGCAAGGUGACUGGGGACUAUUACGAGGUCAGUGGACAGGCUUCAGGAAACACCAGCCAGCUGUAGCAGCUACAAAAGGGAAAAAAGCAAAGAAGGAAGUACCAUGGAACCCUGGUACCCUAUCUGUAUCAUUCUACAAGUGUGCGACUGGUGCCUGGCAGCAUAUUACACUACCCUACCUCCAGGAAAACUUCAAAUUCACCAUACAGGAUGCCAAUAUUGACCUGAGAUCGGGAACCAUUGAGAUUAACAGUGAGGCUAACGAGGUAGCUGAGAAUCUCGCCCUGGGUUUCUCAGUAGCCCUGCUGCAUGUGAUGUGCCAGCCGAGGUAUAAACCCCCGCCGCCACCAGAACCUAUACCUGUUACAGCUGAGCCCCCACCACCUUCUCCUGAAGCAAAGGAGGCUCCAAAGGAAGAGGAAGAAAAACCAAAGGAAGAACAACCAGCUGCCCCACAGGAAGGAGCUGAAGGUGAGACUCAGGCUGCUGAAGAAGCUAAAACAGAAGAAGAAAAGCCCAAAGAGGAGCCUAAAGAGGAGCCCAAAGAGGAGCCCAAGGAGCAACCUAAGGAGCAACCGAAGGAGCAGCCUAAGACCCCAAAAAGCCCAGCCAAGUCUGAACCACCAACGCCAAGCAAGAAAGUGAAGGAGGUCCCACCUAUACCAACAUUUGAACUUGGUCUUGUAUUAGCUGCAGGGUACAAUAUUGAAGCAGCCACCAAUGAUAACAUAAAGAAACAGUUUGGGGCCAAUGCCUGUGCUGGAUGUGCUGGGUGUUCAGCACAAGGUUUUGAUAUUGGUGUUGGCAUGGUUGGUGAAGCUGCAGCUGAUACUGAGGCAGAGACAUUAGAAGUUGUUGACCACACUGGUGAGGAAGCAGGGGACACAGGUGAGCAUGCUGAUGAUGGGAACUCGCCGGAUAAUAUGGAUACGAUGGACAUGGAUGCUGGAGGAAUGGACGGGAUGGGAGACAUGGGCGAUGCAGGAGCGGCGUCAUGUGCGGCCUUCUAAAACCUCAGUGCUUACCAUUUUGUCACAACUGUAAAAUAAUGACUUGUACUUCGCAUUUCAUAUUUGUUUGUAUAAAUGGAAUAUUUUCAACUUCAUCUGUUUUGAAACAAGAAUUUUGUUGUUUCUUUUUUAUAAGAUUGCUUAUUGAAGUAUAGUGGUUAUUAUUAUUCUUGAUGCUGUCUAUUUUUUAUUAUUUUUUAAAGAAAUGUGUACUAUUUUAAAGUAUGUUAUGAUGUCAUUUUGAAAGUUAAUUAUUUGUUUUUACUAUAGUCCAUUUCAGAAUAUGUGUUAUUUGUGUAGUGAUAUAUUUAUGAUAUUUGUAUGAGUCAACAUGUACUUCAUCCUGCAUGUUCAUUAAGUCUGAUUCAAUUUUUAUAACUAGUCAUUACCUGAUUUUUUGUCAUUUUGAUCCUCUUCAUUUUUAAGGGAAAGUUUCAAAAUAAGUACUGCCUGAAUAGUAGCCAGUGAAGACCAUGAUUAGAUCAUAGACAUGCCGACAGCUGAUCUUGGUCUGCACUGGUUGUAUGGGUAGAUUAUGUUGCUGCCAUCAGGCUUAGGGUUAAGUUAACAAUAAACAUCAAGUCUGUUACACAAUUUUACCCUGGUUAAGGUGUUUUUAAAUUAUGUUUUGAGGUAUGAGGUAUUUCGAUUGAUAUUUUUGUGUCCUAAUUGAUACUGUAAGUAGAUUUUUUAUAUCUAAGUUAUUUCUAUUCUUAAGAUUUUUUUUGCAGGUCCUCUUUAUGCUUGUAAUGUCCUCUGUAUGUUUGUAACACUGACAAAAAUACUUUUUGAGUCCUGUUUUUAAAAAGUAUGGCAUGUUUGAUAAUUUCUACUAAGGACUGCAUACAUACAUGUACAUAUUCUGUGUUAUCUGAUAAUGGUUAUGGAGAUCAUCAGAUAAUAUAUUAUUUUACAAUUUUGUCAGAGUUUGCUUUCAAAGUAAAGAAAAUAUAUUGUUUAUAACGCUCAUAAAUAUGAGGACUUCAUUCAUUUAAUAUAUAUUCAGUGAUGAACUGGUCUUUUGAUGUGUAUAUAAUGUUUGACUGUAUUAUACAUUUAUUGGGAUAUUUAUGAUAUUAUGUUAUAAAGAUAAUUAGAAAAAAAAGAUUUUUUACACUUACCUAUUAUUUUAGAUUUCUAUGCUUUUUUUAUGAAACUUUCUUUUUUUAUUGUUUUUUAUACAUUUUUUUGCUUCAUUUUAUUGUCUGAAUUGCCUUAUGCACAUUUAUGUAUUGAUUUGCUGUCAAUGCUUACAAUCAAAACUACCAUAUAUCUAGUCAUAAUGUAAAAUGAUGUGCCAAUUAGCUUUAUUAAUUGAUCUUAUUUUUCAAUUUUUAUUUAAACUUUUUAUGAUUUUUUAUGAGCUUUUAUUCACUAUGUGCUAUGAUAAGGAGAUUAUUUCUAUGAAUUCUUUGUUUAGAAGAACAUCUUUUAUUUUACAAACUAGUCAUACCUUUUUACAUUGUACUUUUGCUUUAAGUAUUAUUUAUGUUGCUCAAAUUCUAGAUUUAGUAAUGGAUUGCAAAAUACAUUACAUUGACCAUGCCUCUGUCAUGUAUAUGUAUUUUUGUAUCUCUUUCAUCAUGUACCUGUAUUUUUUAUUAGGAAUGCUGUAAUAUCAGAAAAUAGGGAUAUGAAUUUAUACACAUUCUGUGUGAUUUUAAAGGAUUAUUCACAGUAUAUGGAUCAUUUGAACUGAAUUCAAUGCAACACUUUUUUCCAUAUAUUAUUUGACUUGACUUUGUAAUAUUUUUUUUUUAAUAUUUCAAUCAAAGUUUGAAAACAGAAUUGUGUAAACUCUUAUAAAUUUCUGUAUCUGCUAUAGUGAUGUAUCUAGACUUUAAAUUGUGCAUGACUUAUAUGUGAAGUUGACUUUUACUGCUAUGAAACAGAAGAUAUUGUCUGUUACAUGAUGGGUAGAGAAAAGUUUAUGUAAUGAAAUAUGUAUGUAACAGUUGAUGUAUCACAACAUACAAGUUGUUGGAUAGAUGUGUAAAUAUUAUAUUUAUUUUGAAGACUUCUGAAUUUUUGAAAAUGAUUGUUUAUAUAUAGUUAAAAUUAUUCAAAAUGUUCAUUUAUUAUAUUAGCUUGUGGAAACCCUACUUGCUCUACUUGCUUGUGUGGACCAACAGUAAAAUGGUUUACUAGAGCUGCCUCCAUGCUUAGUUUUAUAACAAGGACUUUGAUUGGCUGAAUAUUAAAAGAUUUAAUUCAAGGUGGAUUGGUGGAAUACCUGAAUCUCAUCUUCAAUCAGCCAUUUUGAUUGGUUGGUAAAUUUUUGCAUUAAAAUGAUGUUUGCUGUUGAUGUAGUGAAAGUUUUUGAAGAUAUAAAUGUAAAUUCUCCAUUUUGUUAAGUGCUAAGUUUAUGGACCAAAUGUAUCAUAGCAUUAAUACAAUUCAUACUUAGUUAUGACUGCAUGGUGGUGAAAAUGCAAACACAACUUCAUUAUAAAACACUGAGGUGUAUAUUUUAUACUGUUGUAGCUUUUGAAAUAUCUUAAUUAUAACAUGCUUGUCUCUAUGAUGUUGAAUGUACGAGAUUAUGGUAAUGGUAAUCAUGACGUAUUCUGAGUCGUACCAUGAUUCUAGCUACAGAUCUAUGUUGAAAUGCCUUACAUGUAAAAUGUACUUGUUUAAAACAUCCGUUAUAAGUAGUGAAGUUUGUUCGUCAUGACCAUGUGAAAAACGAGUAUCUCGAGGCAUCAUCAUAAUUCUCAUAUAACUUCUUUUGUACAGUUAUGACAGUAUUCUGAUGAACAUUGUAUAUUAAUGAGGAAAAAAAUCAUUGAAGAUCAUUUAUCAGUGCUGCAUAACGAAAUCUGAUAUUUUUUAAGAGAAUCUGAAGAGCUUAAUUAUGAAAACUUUGUUUCGGUACUGAUUAAAUACUGAUAGAUUAUUGAUUAAAGAUAGCAUCACUGCCAAAAAUGUUAACAUUGAUUUUUCUGUAUACAAGCAGUAUUUUAGAUCAUGUUAGUAUUGAUUUGAAACCAUUAAACACACAGGGAAAAUACAAUCUUAUUCUGAUCUUCCAAUUAUAGCUACUUUAGUUCUUGUUUAGAAAAUACUGUGCCAAACUACGGGGGCGGAAUUACAUCUAAGAUAACUUUAUGUACAGAUUUUAUAUGUAUCAACCAUUGUAAGUUGCUGGCAUAAAAGAAAUAAUAACUGCAGGAACUAACAUAUUUUUGCCAUGUAGACUGUACUGGGCUUAUACAGGCUUUGAUCACCUAAAUGGAUUUACAAUGUGCAAAACAUUUAUAUUGCAGUUUUGUGGUGAUAGAAAACGAAUAAUUGAUGCUGAAUAAUAGAUGUUGCUUUAUGGAGAACCAGUCCUCUUUGUUUUUAUUAUAUUAUCAGUAUGUGUCAUUAUUUUUUUACUAUGUAAAACAAUGGAAAACCCUCUAAUUUAUCCAGAAAAUAACUGUAUUUUUUCUUAUUAGUCUUACUGUUGAGCAUUAAUUAGAAAAAAAUAUUGUCAUCAAAUUACUAGAUUUUUUUUUGUAAAAAAACACUGAUUGUACUUCACUAGAAAAUAGGGAAGGAACUGGUUUAAAUAUAAUUUCUUACAGUUAUUUGUAUUAUUCUAGUUUAAUGAAAUAGAAAAAAAACUCUACAAUAUCCAAACAUAUUUGUCAACAUGUUUGUGUAACCAUUUAUAUGUUCAUAUGACCAUUAGGAGGUGAUACUAUAAUCAUGUUUGUAUAAGAAUUGAUUGUUCCAUGGACAAGAAAUUCUCUUCAACUAUAGACAAUUAGUUAAAGGAUAUAUUUGUUAGAUUAUUGUCUUAUUUGAUUGAUAAAGGCUUAACGUAAAGAUGUCUAUGUUAUAUAACGUAUGUGUAUUUUGUAAAUUUGUACUUUAUAAUCACAAGGUGAUGUGAGGUGGGAUUUUUUUUCUUUCAUGUUGAAACAACAAGAUGUUACUUGUACAUGUAUAUUGUAGUCAGUGUUUAGUAUUUUUGGUAUUAAUCACAUAUAUAUAUCAUGUAGAUAGAACAACAGGCCUUCACUGAUGACAGAUAAUGUUCAAAUUUAUAAGUGAGGGGUCA